AUGUCUGCCGUUCAGCUCGCUUCAUUAGCUACGGGCUCGGUCGCCUUGCUCCUGGCGGCCGGCGACAGCAUUCCUGCAAUCAGAAGUAUUGUCGAUCGGAUUUCGCGCAAAUCACCUACCGUGGAUGAGCCGGCGUUGGCAAAGACACUUUACAGAGAUGAAGAUGGCGAGGCUAGCGAGGAGUCCAUUCGGGCUUUCUCAGACAAGUGGCAGCGAUUCGCUCUCGCACUUUUCUCGGCCAGUGGCUUGUCCGUGACUGUUGCGCUGGCUGUGUUGUCGACAUUGAACAAAAGCGCAGGAGACUUCCUUCUGAACUGGUUCCAGUUCGGCAUUUGGGCCUUGCUCACUGUUCAAGCUGUCGCAUUUUUCACUGAACCACGGCCAACAAAAAGAUUUACACUCGGCCAAUUCUCGUUCGGGGGUAGCAUGAUUGCUGCCGCUCUCACUGGCGAACAGAUUCGUCAGGCUUGGGUAGGCCAGACUCGCCUUCUCCAUGAUCAAGUCUGGAUAGGUCUUGUUGCCACGCAAUUAUCCAGCGCCCUUCUCCGUGCUCUGUUCAGUAUUCUGCUACCUCGUCGGCCGCAUGUUUUUCUUAAUGGAAGGCCAGUCGAUCAGGAAUAUACAGUCUCGGCAUUAGGUCGCUAUACCUUCGUCUGGGCUAUCAGCCUUCUCAACUACGCCGUGCAGAACCGCAAACUAGCACUCACGGACCUUCCAGUUCUCCGAUCUGCGAGACGUGCUGACCAGCUACGUAGCAGGUUUGAGAAAGCCCUUGCGUCGCGCAAACUCUGGAAGGGCCUUAUUCUUGCCCAUUGGCGCUCUCUCCUGCUCCAGCUUAUACUUACAGUCAUCAUCGGCGUCUUGAGCUUUGGUCCACAGAUGGCGUUGUUCAAUAUCCUGAGAGUCCUUGAAGCCCGCGGAAGUGAGACCUGGCAACCAUGGGAAGCGUGGUUCUGGGUCCUUGCGCUAGGAGUCUUGAUGCUGGUACAUUCCACUGUUGAAGCCUGGCUGUUCUGGGCUGUAUGCUCCAAGCUCGGUGUUCCUAUUUACGCAGAGCUCUCUGCUGUUGUCUUCGCGAAAUCCAUGCGCCGCAAAGACGCCAAGCACAUGAAGAAAACGACGAAGCAAGAUGACGCCAAAUCUUCCGCAAAGGCUUUAUUGGACCAGAAGGACGAGGAGGAGGAUGAUGACGAAGAAUCCGUCAAGAAGAGCCGACAGAGUAUCAUCAACCUAGCUGCUGUGGAUGCACGACGUAUUUCCGACUUUACAUCUUACGCAUAUCUCAUACCAUCGGCGACUUUGAAAGUCAUCCUCGGCUGUGCCUUCUUGAUCCAGAUUCUUGGAUGGCAAAGUGCCCUCGCUGGACUUUCCGUCUCCGUCCUUGUAACCCCCUUGAACAUCUACGCAGCAAAGAGAUAUACAGGUGCUCAAGACAAAUUGAUGAAGCUCAGAGAUGCGAAGAUGGCUAUUGUUACGGAAGUGCUUCAAGGCAUUCGCCAAAUCAAGUUUUCCGCCUUGGAGCAGCAAUGGCAAGACAAAAUCGGAGAGGCACGAGACACUGAGCUGUCUGCUUUGUGGAUAUCGUUCCUCUACGAUGUUGUACUCAUGGCAAUCUGGAUCCUCGGACCACUGGGUCUCUCGGCUGUUUCACUGACUGUCUACGCUGUGAUGCAUAGCGGCUUAUCAGCUUCUGUCGCCUUUACAGCAAUGUCGGUCUUUGGUGCCCUGGAGAUGUCGCUUGCCAUUCUACCUGAGAUUAUCUCAAAUGGGCUGGAGGCAAACGUUAGCGCAAACCGAAUCGACGCCUACUUGGCAUCUGCGGAAAAGAUUGUCAACACUGUUCUAUCCGACAAUAUUGAGUUUGAAAACGCGACAGUCGCAUGGCCGGCGGAACACGAGCCAGGCACAGAAGAGGGAGACGAAGACCGAUUUGCGCUGCGUAAUUUGAAUGUGAAAUUUCCAAAGAAGAAGUUGAGCAUUGUCUCCGGGCGGACUGGUUCUGGAAAGAGUCUGCUCCUAGCAUCCAUCCUCGGUGAAUGUGAUGUGCUGGAGGGCACCCUUAAAGUGCCUGUCCCGCCACCAAUCAAGGACCGCUUCGACCACCUCGCGACGGAUGCGAACUGGAUUAUCGAUUCUGCUUUCGCGUAUGUUGCGCAAAUCCCAUGGAUUGAGAACGCGACCAUUAGAGACAACAUCUUAUUCGGUUUACCUUACAAUGAGACACGCUAUAAGAAGGUUCUGUCUGCAUGUGCCCUAACAAAAGACCUGGAAAUGUUGCCAGACGGCGAAUUGACAGAUAUUGGCGCGAACGGUGUCAAUCUGAGUGGUGGCCAAAGGUGGCGAGUUUCAUUCGCUCGUGCGUUGUAUUCUCGAGCCGGUGUCCUCAUUAUGGACGACAUCUUCAGCGCUUUGGAUGCUCAUACUGGCCGUUAUGUCUACGAAAAUGCAUUGACUGGCGAGCUUGGACAGGGACGGACCCGAGUGCUAGUCACGCAUCACGUUGCUCUCUGCCUCCCCAAGACCGACUACUCCGUCUUGUUGGAGAACGGAUGCGUUAGAUAUGCCGGCACCAUUGAUGAACUUCGAAAGGAGAACCACUUGGAGGAGAUCUUACGAGAAGACAACGCCGCCGAACAACAGGACCUUAACGCCGAAGAUCCCGAUGACCUUCUGAAUUCCAAGGAGACCAAUCUCCAAAAGGUCGUCUCAAACACCGUACCUCGACGGCAGAGCUCAGCCCCAAAUGACACAACGCCUGUACCUGCAGCUCCCAAAAAGUUCGUCGAGGAUGAAAAACGUGAAGUGGGAUCUAUCUCAAUCUCCGUCUACAAGUCAUAUCUGUCUAUGGGAGGAGGUGUGCCCAUCUGGAUUCUGACCAUUCUAAUCUAUCUGACCUAUACCUCCUUGAUGGUUGGCCGAGCCUGGUGGGUGAAUAUCUGGACCAGCGCGUCAUCCAGCACCCAAGCGCACCCGGGGCAGCUUCAGACUUUGUUCACACAAACCGUGAUGCGAACUCACCCCGAGCCGCAAGACGACAACCUUAAAAUGUACCUUGGUGUCUAUAUCGGGAUCUCUGUUCUUGCUUGCAUCAUUGGGACUGCGCGAUAUUACUUCAUCCUUUCUGCAAGUGUGCGCGCAUCCAGGAACCUCUUUAACCGCUUGACAUAUGCCGUCCUGCGAGCACCACUGCGAUGGUUGGAUACCGUUCCCCUUGGCCGAAUUCUGAAUCGAUUUACGGCAGACUUUCACAUGAUCGACUCACGUAUCGGAUAUGAGCUCGGGUUUCUUGUUUCCCAGUCUCUUGAAGUUUGCGGUAUCAUGGUGGCUGGCAUUCUCGUCUCACCACUGGUUAUCAUCUUUGCGAUAAUCCUGCUUGUCGUCUGUCUCAAGCUGUCAUUGAAAUACCUAGCGGGUGCACGUGAAAUCAAACGCCUGGAGAGUACUGCCAAAAGCCCUAUCUUUGAGCAAUUCGGCUCUAGCUUGACCGGUUUGGUUACGAUCCGAGCAUUUACCAAGAGCGAGGACUUUAUCGACACCAUCUACGGCAAAAUCAACGCUCAUGCCCAGGCCUGGUGGACUAUGUGGUUGUUCAAUCGCUGGCUGGGAAUUCGCAUGAACCUUGUCGGAGCAGUCUUCUCAACACUAACAGCGUCUCUUGUUGUCUUCCUACCUGGCAUCUCAGCCUCACUUGCAGGAUUCGCCCUCAGCUUUGCCCUACAGUGUAAUAGUGCUAUUGCAUUUGCGCUGCGCCAGUACGCCAACAUCGAACUCAACAUGAAUGCCACAGAACGUGUCAUUGAAUAUUCCAAGAUCGAGCUCGAAAACCAAGGCGGUGCUGAUGCACCUGCUGCUUGGCCCACCGAGGGUCGGUUGGAAGUCAGUGAUCUCAUUGUAGGCUACGCACCCGAUCUUCCCCCAGUCCUGAAGGGCCUCAGUUUUACCGUGGAGCCGAAUCAGAGAGUCGGCGUGGUAGGAAGAACUGGUGCGGGCAAGUCGUCUUUGACCCUUGCGCUCUUCCGUUUCCUAGAAGCACGCGAAGGCCAGAUCUUGAUCGACGGCCUAGAUGUGUCCAAGAUCAAGUUGCACGACUUGCGUAGUCGGCUGGCGAUUAUCCCCCAGGAUCCUGUCCUCUUCUCGGGCACUGUGAGAACAAAUCUGGAUCCGUUCGAGGAGUACAGCGAUGGGGAGCUCAAUGAUGCGCUAGCACGCGUGCAUUUGAUUGCUACUGAGGAUGACGAGGCAACUCUUACUUCACAAACCGCCACACCUCGACAGGGUGACGGCACAGAAACGCCAGACACGGCCACGAUGCAGCAAGCCAACACAAACGUCUUCUCGUCAUUGUCAGCGCCCAUCUCGGAGGGUGGUCUAAACCUCUCCCAGGGUCAACGACAGCUGCUCUGCCUGGCCCGUGCCAUUGUCGCCCGGCCUAAGAUCAUGGUUCUGGAUGAAGCGACGUCUGCUGUGGACAUGGAGACGGAUGCUCUGAUCCAGCAGUCCAUUCGGGCCGAAUUUGGCCGAAAUGCCACCACGCUGCUCGUUAUUGCUCACCGGCUAAGCACCAUCGCCGAUUUCGACCGCAUCUUGGUGAUGGAUGCCGGCAAAGCGGUUGAGUUUGGAAAACCGAGGGAUCUCAUGAGUCUUAUGGAUGGUGUGUUCAAGAGCUUGGUCGACAACAGCGGCGAGAAGGCCGUGCUGGAGAAGAUGAUUUUCGGCCAAGAGUGA